GUUUAUUUCUUUAAUGUCACGUCUUACACCAACACAAUCCCCUUCUAUCUUGAAUGAAAGAUACUUUCGAUCAACCAAUACAGCAUCACCUAGUCCUACUGGCAAUCCAGGUCCUUCUAAAAGAAGUAUUCUAUUGUCUGAAAAUCAACUCAAUAAUGUAACCAGACAAAACCAAAAAAAAAGCAACACAUAUACACUUCUUUAAUAGUAAUGUCACCCAAUUAGAUUAAUAAGAAAAUUGCCAACAUAAGACAUGGCACAGCACCAGAAUCGAUUGAUACAGACAUGUUGAGCACAAUAUCAUCGCCUGACCGACAUGAAGAAACAGAUAAAAUAGAUUCUUUUUCUGUUCAAAUUCAAGAAUAUGCCAUCAUUGAGGACUUGUUAUACAUUUUACUGGGAUUUGAUGGUACCUAUAUCAAGCGUGUUUAUCCGAAAAUGCCACAAGAUUACAACAGAAUGGAUAUCGAUCAAAGACCUCAAUUAGAAGAUUUCUACACUUGGGAUCAACUCACCUAUACCAUAGACCCAACCCUUGAUCCAAGUUUGAAGCAUCUCGUAGAAAAGAUAUUACCCUUAUCAACUUAUUAUUCAUCCAUUGACGCCUUUACAGAAACCUAUUCACGCUAUGAAUACGGUAUGAUCAAUCAUGCACUGACAGCAGCCAUCAAGACGUUCUUGAAAGAGUAUACAUCAUUCAUUGCUCAGCUAGAACAUCAGUUUCAUACCAGCAGUACGUUCACGCUUCAUAAACUGUGGUUCUAUGCACAAGAUACAUUGCACAGUAUGAAAGUACUUUAUGAUUUGGUGAUGACCAUACGACUGGCCAAGGAUAACGUGUUGGAGGACGAAGAGAGUGAUGAUAUUGAGGCGGUGAUUGAAGGAUUGACAGAAAAGAAAACAAGUGAACGCAAGAUACCAGAUCAUCAGAAGGGAGGACACAUAUUAAACAUUCUAGCAGAAAGGCUCAUUGGCUUAAGCGGCGAUCCAUCAUGUAAGAAGAUUUACACGUUUUUACUAUCAAAAGCAUCUGCCCCUUACUUUGACAUGCUUCAUUCCUGGAUUUAUCACGGAGAGAUCAUGGAUUCAUAUAACGAAUUCAUGAUUGUCGAAAAGAACACAGUGAGAAAAGAAAACUUGAAAGAGGAUUUUAAUGAUGCCUAUUGGGAGAUGCGGUAUACGAUCCGAGAGGGAUCUGUCCCUGUAUUUCUAGAACCGAUGAAGAACCAAAUACUGCUGGCAGGAAAAUACCUUAAUGUCGUUCGUGAGUGUGGUGUGAUCAUUGCGGACCCUGAAGAGAUGAAUCAAGUAGCAGACGAUGAAUUGAAAAAGACGUUUCUGACAAACAGUCGUACAAGCUUUGCUCAUAUACCCAGAAGUGAGGUAUGGGAUGCCGUGAAUGGUGCUCAGUUUGCAAAGAAUUUGGAAGUAGCGUACAAGUAUGCGAGUCAUACAUUGCUGGAUUUAUUGAUGAAUGAAAGACAACUUAUUGGACGUUUACGUUCUUUGAAGCACUACUUUUUCCUUGAUCAAUCCGACUUCUUGACAUCAUUUCUAGAUUUGGCCAAAGAAGAAUUAAAGCAGCCAGCGUCCGAUAUAUCACAGACACGACUUCAGUCAUUAAUGGACCUCGUCUUGAGAAAUUCUUCAUCUGUUGCAGCCUACGACCCAUACAAGGAAGACAUCAAGGUGGGAAUGAGCCAUCUAAAGUUAGUGCCUCAGCUACUACGUAUCAUCAAUGUCUCUGGUAUGGAAAAAGAGAUCCGCAAGGAAUCCAGACAGUCGAGUCUGUUUGAAAUACCUGGACUGGAAAGAGCCCAAAGCCUAUCUGGCAGUUCCAUGUCUUUAAACACAAAGGAUAUACUCACUGGAUAUGAUGCACUGACCAUUGACUAUACCGUGACGUUCCCGUUGUCGCUUGUUAUCUCUCGCAAAGCGCUGACCAAAUACCAACUUUUAUUCCGGCUUAUUUUAUCAUUGAAGCACGUAGAGGACUUGUUAUGCAACGCAUGGAUGGAUGAAAAGACGGCCCUGUGGAAGACAAGGACCGUCAACGGUGAGAUCGAGCGAUGGAAGUUUCGUACAGUGUCAUUACGACACCGCAUGCUUGCGUUUGUACAGCAGUUUACUUAUUAUGUCACAAACGAGGUACUGGAACCUAAUUGGAGAAGAUUAGAAUCGAACCUAAUGACUGUAUCUACAGUCGAUCAAGUACUACAGUAUCAUUCAGAUUUUUUAGACACUUGCUUAAAACAAUGCAUGCUGACGACAGGAAGACUGCUUCAAAUUUUUGAGAAAUUGAUAAAAGCAUGUAUAAAGUUUACAACUCUAGCAGAGAAAUUCAAUCGAAUAUUAAAUCAGCUGGAAGAAGAGCAAAGUCAAGAUGUGUUUGGAAUGCCCAAGGUAGGACUCAAAGAUACACCGACGACGAUCGUAUUUGAAAAUAGUCAACGACGACUUGGAGAAAUUGAACAUGCAUUUGUUUAUCAUAUGAAUUUACUUAUUGAAGAACUGCAUCUACGUACGACAGAGGAGACGCAAUUCUUGUGUCUUUUGGUUCGAUUAGACUAUAACCAGUUUUAUAAUAAAAGUGAAAAUAAAUAAAAUAAAAAAGAAAUGGUUUAUUUACAAUAGAGAAAAAGUGAUAUUUACACAGCUAUUUUUUCUAAUUCAAAAAUGUUUCUUGAUUCCUUGACUUUGCUUCCUUUAAAGCAUUGGUAUUAAU